AUGCGGACAACCGCUUCCUUUACACGCAUCAAGCCUUUCUCACUCUGCAGCGUUUUGCAAAACCCCAUCGCCCCAUCGCCCCAUCGCCGACUGCCUCUCCUUUACAAAGCACACACUGCCAAACGCCAACACCAGCGCCCUGCCGCCGCCACUGCUCCUCACAUCGGCCCCACGCUGCAGAGCCCGGCCUCGCUCUUAUUACGAGGCUACCGAUUCCACUGCCAACACCUGGCGCCCGUCAUUGACCUCUGCCGUGCCUCUUCCCAAGGCAAGCCCCACGACCUUCGACGACCUUGGCUUGAAUCGCACGCGACACACGUCACCAUUGCUGCGCCCAACUGCCUCCAGCAUCCAAAGCUCAACAUCCAAAUUUCUCUCCUCGCCGUGCCGCCUGGCAAUGCCAUGAGCUCCAUCGUAUCCUCGUCUUCACCACGAUACCUCUGA